UCAAGUAUAAAUAAGCAAGAGUGGAUGUAGCAAAAUUAAACUCCUCAAGAACCUCUGCAGGACACAUAUAAAGAAAAUCUGCUACUCUGAUCAUGAAGACAGUUCUUAUUUUCCUGCUUUGUUCAUCAGCAUUUCUGUGCAUAAUGGGUUUGCCUGUUUCUUCUGAUAUGGAAUAUUGCUCUGUCUAUGCUGAACACAGAAAUUGCAAUAAGAUCUACAGUCCUGUCUGUGGAACAAACAGAAUAACCUACCCCAACAAGUGUAUUUUCUGUCUUGAGAGCAGGAUGAAAAACUAUAGAAUCAGACUUGACCACGAAGGCAGGUGUUAGUGAAAGACCCACUGUCUAUUUGUGUUAACUAUGCACAUACUUUUUACUUCAGCACAUAUAUCCACAGUUCAUUUAAGAAAAGGAUUUCAAGAUCAAUUGUAAUUUUUGUAUAUUUCACAUGUACUGUAUUUGCUGUAUUCUACAUAAAUGUAUUUCUGAGGAGGGAAAAACGAAUAUCAAACAGAAGAUAAGGACCCAAAUAAUUGAAACAAUUCAAACUGGGAGGCCCAUUUAUCAACAUUUGAAUUUUAGUGGUUUUAUGACUUCAAUUAAACUCUCUUUCCCUAUAAUCACAAAUGUCUUGUAAUUUAGUAAAAAACACGAAUACAAAAAGUACGAAGGAAAAAAAAACACUGAACAAUGCGCUAAAAAAAAGAAAACCUCUAAAAAUUCCAGUUUUUCAAUUACCAGUGAAAAAGAUUUGAAAACCUCUAUAAAAAAAGGUCCAAUGAUCAGCGAAGCUCCCAUUGACUACUAUAGGACAUCAACUGCUUUUACUUGCCAGUUUUGUAUUAGAGUUGUCUGUGGUAUUUUUAAAACUUAUAAAUCUUGUUGGUUUUUUUUUUUUAAUUAAGGCCCCUUAGUUGAGGUGAUGGGUUUCAAAGUAAAAAAAUACAAUGCAUAUUUAAAACCAAAAUCUUCAAUUAUUUUUUAUCAGUAAUUGUUAUUUAUUUUUUGGGUCCUGAUCUUCUGUUUGAUGUUGGCAUAUGGAUGAGUCCUAUGACCCUGUUUUAUUAUUUAUGAGGGCUAUUGUUGGGUUAAAGAGAUACUGACACCAGAAAUUAAACCAUUUUUACAUCUACCAUAGUAUUGUCAUUGUUUGCUACAUAUAAGUUUGCCAUAAAGUAUUUUCCUCCCUAUACUCGUCUAUGAGGGGGCUGCCAUAUUUGUACAGUAGGAGUCCGUUAGCAUUAAAAACUCUGACAGGCUGAGAUGGAACAGUCAGGUUGGCAAAACAGUCAGGUUUAGGAACAGCAACUAAAAAUUAUUUAAAAAAACAUACAGGUACCUCUCAGCAAAAAACGAUCAACAUGACCUAUAGGUAACUUUUAAUGUACAUUCAUAUUUUAAAAAGUAGUUUUUUAGCAUCAGUAUCACUUUAACUAUUUAUUAGCGACUUUAGUAGUUGUCUUAUACCUUGUCAUAUUUUACCCACAUAUCUAAGGGAAGUUGGGUUAUAUGUGGAAAGACUUGCAUGACUUAUAACGAAUAAACUUUUGCCAAUAACAUUAAAAA